UCAUCCCUUCGCUCUCCCUCGCCGCUCACUCGUGGUGGUGUCGCCACUCUGGCCGGACAGCGCGGCGCAAACGCAUCUUUAGCUCGAGAGAGAAAUCGCGCAGCAGCACCGGCGUUCCGUCACGAGAUCCUUUCCGUUUUUUUUUUUUUCUUCCGCUGAGAAUGAAGAAUUGAGUCAUCCCUGAGCGCAGUCAUGGCUGUCCAGACUGGCAUCCAGGUAUGGUUUGGCGAGAAAUUCGACGCGCCCGUGCUGAGCCCUCGGAGCCCCCGCAGCCCCUUGGCGCAGCGGCACGGCCCCGGCCUCGCCGACGUCUUCCAGUACGACCAGUGGCUGGCGGUGCGGCAUGAGGCCACCCUGGUGCCCAUGCAGGAGGAUCUCGCCAUCUGGCUCACGGGAAUGCUGGAAGAGGAGGUGCGGGCCGAGUUCUUCAUGGAGGAGCUCAACAAUGGCGUGAAGCUCUGCCAGCUUAUCGGCGUCCUGCAGACAAAGAUCGCCCAGAGUUGCCCCUCUGCACUCGGCAAGCUCUUUCCCACGAGGAAGGUUGCCUGUAAGCGCGACGCCUCUCCGGGUUCCUUCUUCGCCCGCGACAACACUGCCAACUUCCUCUCUUGGUGUCGGCACAUAGGCGUGGACGAGACCUACCUCUUUGAGUCGGAGGGGCUCGUGCUGCACAAGGAGCCCAGGCAGGUCUGCCUAUGCCUGCUGCAAAUUGGACGCAUCGUGUCGAAGUACGGUGUGGAGCCACCAGUGCUGGUGAAGCUGGAGAAGGAAAUUGAGCUGGAGGAGACCCUUCUACUGACUGAGGAGCCUCCUCCGGCAGUCCAGACUUUCAGUGUGUGUUGCCAGCAUGGUGGCCUCUACCAGUCAGGGGAGCACGGCGUGGACGACCCGCCUUGCUGCAACUGCUCCAACAGGGUGUCCAUUGAGUACCUGUCAGAGGGUCGUUACCGGCUUGGGGACAAGACCAUCUUUAUUCGGAUGCUUCACGGCAAACACGUGAUGGUGCGCGUCGGGGGCGGCUGGGACACGCUGCGCGGCUUCCUCACCAAGUACGACCCGCUGCGCGUGCUUCAGUUCACCACCCUGGAGCAGAAGAUCCUGGCUUUCCAGAAGGGCCCGCCCGGCUUGGGAGGUCACCACGGCAACGCGGCGACGCCUCCCGAGAUGGACCCCCUGGCGGCCGUCGACGACCUCAUCUCCUCCUCGUCCUCCGCUUCGUCGUCGUGCUCCUCCUCCUCCUCGGUCUCCAAGACGUCGCCGCCCGCCGCUGGUCAGACGUGUCGCUCCUACGUGGCCUCGCCCGCCGGCACGCCCACGCUAGCCAGGAAAGGGGCUGCCGUGGCGCCGCGCAAGAACCUCCAGAUCACGCCGCCCGCCCCCAGGAAGCCCACCCAGCUGCCCCUGCCCGUCUCCACCAAAGCCUCAUCCUCAUCCUCAUCAUCCUCCCCAUCUUCUUUGCCCAGCACGCCUUUGGGCGGCUCCAAGCAGUCACCCGGUCCGGCGCAGGUCCAACGCAGAGCCGUGACGCCCCAAGCAGACUUGUUCGCCGCGUCCAAACUGAGACUUAGACCGCCCGCUCGGGGUGGCGGCACGUGCCGCGGCGACGCCCACACCGCAGCCAAAACCAAGGGGCCCGCCCCGGCAAAGGAUCCCAACCCCCUCCAACGCGGCACUGCCGCCCCUUUGCGUCACCCAGGGGUCAAUGCCGCGCCCACCCCCAAUACUAAAGCCAAUCAGAAAGAAACUGCCACAACGCAGAAGGCAACUCAGAAACCGUCUGCUUCGACAAACGCCGCCAAACCUGAGUUCACUCAAGUGGCGGCCCCUCAGAAGACCACCCCGGAUGUCAAAGCAAAGACGGAACCCAGCGCCGGCAGGAAGAUCCCGCAGUACAGAGGCAAGCGUGAAGAUCCUUAUUUCGAAAUGAACUGUCGGAGAAGGCAGAAGAUGUGA